AUGCCGGGCUGCGUGGCACGGGGUCGGGUCCGAGACUCGAUCGCCUCCCUCCCCGUCGUGGAGGCCACAGAGGACGUCAUCCCGGACAACGCGCUGUGGGCGGCGCUGGUGGCCCUCGGCAUGCUGUGCUCCAUCUGCCGGUACGAGGACAAGCACGACGGCCACGAGGGCGUCAGCCUCAGCAGCUCCAACAAGCCCAAGGUGGAGCUGAGCGACGACGUCGUGGAGGAGGUGAAGGGCUUGCCCCGGAGCAUCGGCCUCCCUUACUUCCAGGUCUCGAAGCGGAUGGGCCGGCCGAUCCCCCAUCUUACCUUUGUAGACCAGUCGAGCUACAACGUCAAGAUCCGCGACCACAACUCAACGCACCCGUACGUGGCCCGCUUCGACAACAUGGACAUGAGGUGGCCCAUGUUCGGCGACCAGGCCGAGAUGGCAUUCCUCAAGGGCGUGGCAGACACCUCUGCCAGCUUCCAGCACGGGCCGGACGCCAUCGCGGCGUGCCAGGAGUGUGUCAUGAACAGGGACGUCGAGGGCCUGUUGAGGGAGAUGAUCAGACUGAAGGAGAUCCUGGAGAUGAUGCCCAACGCUUUUCACACCAUCAGCCCCAACCCCAUGUCGGGGGACAACUACGUCCCGGCCAACGAGUGGGUGCGCUGGGCCAAGUUCUCGGCUCCCCUGUCGAAGCGGUGUCCAGCCUCGAGCGGGCUUCAGUUUCCACCUUACCUGCUCAUGGACGCCUUCCUCGGGCGCAAGAAGUACGACUCCUUCUUGGGCGCGGAAGGGAUCCACCUCCGGGCCUGGGAGCCCUCAAACCUGCGGGCCUUCAUCGCCGCAGUGGAGGGCUACUACUCCGUGCCCGAGUUCGUCAUGAAAUCCGGCGACCCGAGGCUGAUGGGCGUGCUGGACGGCAUCGUCGAGGCCUACACGGGCGAGAGGGGCUUCAUGGGCGUGCACAGGUACAAGGUGUUUGGCAUCCUCGAGGUCGCGGGCAAGACGGGCCGCACGGAGACCAACAGCGCGUCCGGGGCUGCCGACGCAGGCCGUCCCUGGGAGGAGACGCACAAGCAGUUUUCCGAGGCCAUGAAGGAGCGGCUGGAGCCGUACCGCACCGACGUCUCGAUCGAGCCGCAUCAGAUGCGCGGCAGCUUUGCCGAGUGCAGGUACAAGGCCAAGGUCCUGGGGAGGUCGUUUGUCGACAACGACCCGGACCGGGGCAUCGCCAUGGUGACGCUGGAUAUUCAGGAUACUGGCAUCACGUUCCAGCCUGGUGACCGGCUCGCGGUGAUGCCUCUCAACAGCUGGGAAGAAUGCGCCAAGGUCGCCGCCUCGCUUGGGCUGGACGAGAUGCUCAACGUCCAGGUCCCCGUUAACAAGGAAUGGGCCAGGUUCGCCGACCACCUGGGAUCCGUAUCCAGGUCUCCGAGGGGGCCCAUCACCGUCCAGGACAUCCUGCGAAGGGGUCACCUCGCACCACUUACCCAGGAGCUCGUUCUUAGGAUCCACUCGAUGCUGAGGGCGUCGUCCAACACCGCGCUGCAGGUCCUGGCCACCGACGAGUGGCCGGUACGAGGAUCUCUGGGGGACCUGCUCCAGUCUGCCGUGCAAGACACACAGCCAGCGGUCUGGGACUCGGCCUUCAACCUGCAUGACCUCUCAUGGCUGUGUGAGCUCGUGCCGGUUGAAGUGCCGCGCACAUAUUCCAUUUCUAGCUUCCCCGACGAGCUUCUCCCCAGCACUGUCGACCUGAGCGUCUCCCGGUCUGAGUAUAUGCUCAGCUCGACGUUCGCUGGUGAAGCCAAGAUCAAGAGGUGUGGUGUCAGCAGUGGGUUCCUCAAUCCCGUCGUCGCCUCCAACGACGAGAUGAUCCCCAUCGAGGAGGAUGUACUCAUUGGCGUGUCGCGUCCUCAGGCAUUCCAGCUCCCGUUGAGCGGUGCAUCUCCUUGUGCCUUCUUCGCCGGUGGUAGUGGAAUCGCGCCUUUCCGUAGCUUCUGGCAGUCCCGUAUCCAGAGCGGCGCAGUUGGCCGCAACAUUCUGUAUCUCGGUAUCCAGUCACGGGAUAAGUUCUGCUAUGAACACGAGCUCCGCCAAAACGUCAGCGAGGGACAGAUGGAGGUCCACGUGGCUUUCUCCCGUGACUCGAGGGGCCUGGCCAUGCAGGGCCGUGAGCUGGUUGAAAAGACCACGCCGCCCCGGUACAUCGACACAUUGAUUACCGAGCAGGGCUCGACCAUCUGCGAUCUGGUCAUGAGCAAGAAACACGGCGGGCUGGGCGGUUACCUGUACGUGUGUGGAUCUGUGGCAGUGUUCGACUCCGUCAUGAAGGGUAUAAGGCAGGCCAUUUACAACCACCGCACGUCGACGCUGGACUCGGCAGAGGAGCUCAUCAACGCGGCGUUUGCGGAGCGCCGGUUCAUGCUGGACGUCUUCAUGACGCCCAAACCACUCCCGUGCAACCUCCCUACCAUCCCGCUCUCCCAGCUUGCCCUCAACACAGGCCACAGGGGUGCGUCGAGGAUCUGGAUCGGCGUGCACGGCAAGGUGUACGACGUGACAGACUUCUGCCCGAUGCAUCCAGGCGGAACUCUGAUCAUCAAGUCCAAUGCUGGAGUCGACUGCUCGGCGUCCUUCGACAACCUCGCACAUACCACCAACCCAGAGGUGUCGUCGCUUCUGACCAAGUAUUUCAUCGGCCACCUCACGCCCAAGCCGGACUUCCACGGCAACGAUGACCUGGACAUGCUGUACGAGCUGUGGUCAUCAUACCUCAGGACCAACGUCGAGACCCUCGUGGCGCACCAGAUGGAGAUGAACGCCAUGAUCACAAACCAGACCCUAGACCCAUCCAAGUGGUGGUACCAGGGGCCGGGACUCCUGAACAUCAAGGGCGUGCGGUCCUUUUACCAGUACCAAUCCCGCCUCCUGCAGACCGGAUUCAGUGCGCUGUUCGGCUCCAAGUUCCAGGAGCUCAUCCUCAAGCUGUCCUUCAGCCUCGCCAACGCAUCCUCGGCAGGACCGUCGACCAACCUGCCCGACGUCCUGGGCGUCGUGGCCCGGGCAAAGACAUCAGGCAGCGCGAUCAAGACCUCCAAGGAGAUCGCCCGGGUGGGCGAGUUCGUAGGCAACAGCGAGGAAGCCCGCUUCCACGAGCGCGGCAUCAUCGACUACGCCAGCAAGUCGGUGGAGAUGGACAUCAGCCUGCUGGAGGACGUGCGGGCCGAGGCCUGCGCGGGCAUGGACGCCUUCGACGCGCUCAUGAGCCAGGACGCGGACUCGCCCGAGGAGAGGGUCGUCGCGCUGGCGACGUUCCUGAUGCAGCUGCUCGAGCGCGUGGCCAAGCGCCUCGAGAUCUUCUACGCCAACCUCGCGCAGUACUCUGUCUACCAGCCCACCAUCGAGCGGAACCCGGCCCGCACGCGCUGGAGGCUGGUCCGGUCGAGCGUCAGGGACGGCUCCUUCUUCGUGCUCACGCAGAACCUGAGCAUGAACAGCGCCGCCGCCGCUGCCUCGUCGUCGUCGUCACACGUGCCGGCGCCGGCACGGCCGGCCUUCCAGACCAACAUCGACUUUGACCACGUCAUGAGCCAGGUGCGCCAGGGCCUGGGCGCACACCUCCCCCAGAUCCAGCAGCAGCAGCAGCAGCAGCAGAACAGGGCGACGCCCAGCGCGAUAGACGCGGCGCGCGGACGAGCGCCACCCGACGCGACCAGCGCGCUCGAGUCACACGAGAACGGCAGCGCCCUCAGCCGGAUGAGCUCCUUCAUCGACAAGAACAUGCGGUCGAUCCGGCGGCUAUCGAGGAUGCCGGCCGUCCUGCCGCCCAGCCUGUCAGGCCUCGCAGAGGGCGGCCAUCAGGUGCCACACGGACUGGGCAUCGCGGGCAUGCCGUCCGGGGGCGGGCUGAUGCACCUCACGCCGCCGAGCAGCAGGGGCUCCAGCGUCGACGGGCGCGACGCCCGCGGGCGGAUGGUGAUGAUGGGCGGGGUGGGCGGCGGCCCGGGGCCCAGCAUGCCGCCGUCGCCGCCGAUGGACGCGGCGACGGCCAUCACGGCCAUGAUGGGCAAGUUCCACGGGCGCAAGAGGAGCAACGUGUCUGCGACGGGGGGGCCGGCGAGUCCGCCCAUGCAGCGGAGCACCAUGGCUGGUCCGCCGAUGAGCCCUGGUGGUACUCAUGUGAUGAUGAGGUCGAGGGCGCCGUCUAUGCAGAGUGUCAGGGCUGGAUCGUUAAAGUCUUUUAAGCUGAGUGAGAGGGUGCAUUCUUAUGGACAACAAGAGAAGAGGGUUGCGCCGACGUUUUGAUGUGAUCUUUGGGUUG